GAAGUAUACUUUUUUUGUAUAUACACCCAAAUAUAUCAUCACAUCUCUUAGUAGACAAACAAGCCAACCCUGUUUCUACACACCUCACAAACAUCAUCAACAAAACUCCUCCCAAACCAAAACCAAACCUUUCAAAUGUUUAACCCAACACAACUUACUAAACCUGAAACACUAAACCCUGAAACACUUAGUGUCAUGGCGGCAAACUCACCUACAACCACUAGAAAAGAAGGCCAAGAACUCCUCCUAGGCCGAUACGACCUCGGAAAACUCCUCGGCCAGGGCAGUUUCUCCAAAGUCUACCUGGCCCGCAACGUCAAAACCAACGAAUUCGUCGCGAUUAAAGUCAUCGACAAGGAACAAAUCAUGAAAGGCGGGUUAAUCUCCCACAUCAAACGAGAAAUCUCCAUCCUCCGACGAGUUCGCCACCCGAACAUCGUCCAACUCUUCGAAGUAAUGGCAACCAAAACCAAAAUAUUCUUCGUCAUGGAAUACGUUAAAGGCGGCGAACUAUUCAACAAAGUCGCUAAAGGCAGAUUAAAAGAAGAAACCGCAAGAAACUAUUUCCAACAACUCAUUUCCGCAGUAGGGUUUUGUCACGCCCGUGGUGUGUUCCAUCGAGAUCUAAAACCCGAAAACAUAUUACUAGACGAAGAUGGUAAUCUAAAAGUAUCUGAUUUCGGGCUCAGCGCGAUAUCGGAUCAACUUAGAGACGAUGGUUUGUUUCACACGUUUUGCGGGACACCCGCAUAUGUUGCGCCCGAAGUUUUAGGGCGCAAAGGUUAUGAAGCUGCUAAAGUUGAUGUGUGGUCAUGUGGGGUGAUCUUAUUUGUGUUAAUGGCUGGUUAUUUACCAUUUAAUGAUCAUAACGUUAUGGUUAUGUACAAAAAGAUUUACAAAGGCGAGUUCCGGUGUCCGCGAUGGUUUUCGCCCGAGUUAACCCGGUUUUUAAAACGUUUACUUGUUACAAACCCGGAAAAAAGAAUAACCAUACCCGAGAUCAUGGAAACCCGAUGGUUUAAGAAGGGUUUUCAGCAUAUUAAAUUUUACUUUGAAGAUGAUAAGUUGUUUAGUGUGAAAGAUGGCGAGAUUGAAGCGGAUGAGAUUGAUUAUUCGUCUGAUUAUUCGACAACAGAUAGUGUGACCCGAAAGCGGGUCACAACCAUCCCUAGACCCGCGAGUUUGAACGCAUUUGAUUUAAUUUCGUUCUCUCGUGGGUUUAGUUUGUCUGGCCUGUUUGAGGACGGUAGUGAGGAUACCCGGUUCGUGUCGGGUGCGUCAGUUUCGAACAUUGUUUCGAAACUUGAGGAGAUUGGUAAGAUGGUUAGUUUUACUGUUCGGAAAAAGGGUUUCCGGGUGAGUUUGGAAGGGUCUAGGGAAGGUGUGAAAGGCCCGUUGACUAUUGUGGUUGAGAUAUUUGAGUUGACACCGAGUUUGAGAUUGGUGGAAGUUAAAAAGAAAGCUGGGGAUAGAGUCGAAUAUGAUGAGUUUUUUGAUCGGGAACUGCUGCCGGAAAUACGAACACUGAUGUUGCCGGAGCCUGUAGCCGAUGACCCUUCACAUAUGUUGUCGAAUAGUGUUUAACCAAAAGACAUCGGUUUUGGUUGCUUGACUACACCCAAAGGCCAAAUUAAGGGCGGGUAUAUACACCGAGAGUGGACCAGGGUGACCUUUUAACUGGACUAGAAUAUGGCUAAAUAUUGUCGAUUUGUAAUAUAAGUUUUGAGUUUGAUUUUUUGUUUCUUCUUACGUAAAAAAGUUCAAAAAUAAUGUUUUACUCCUUGUGUUUUUAUUGAAAUUGUUAAUAUAUAUGUUUCUAUGGAAUUGAUUCAUUGGCUUUGUU